CCUCUUCCUCUCUCCUCCCUCCGGACGCCAGGCUCCUCCGCACCCCCUCCCCUGGGAGCCCCGGCGGCUUCACUCCCCACCCUCACCUCAGCGCGACCAUGGCCACCAUCCCAGACUGGAAGCUACAGCUGCUAGCCCGCCGACGGCAGGAGGAGGCAGCCCUUCGUGGCCGGGAGAAGGCAGAACGGGAGCGUCUGUCCCAGAUGCCGGCCUGGAAGCGGGGACUCCUGGAGCGUCGCCGAGCCAAGCUUGGUCUGUCUCCUGGAGAACCUAGCCCUGCACAUGGGACUACAGAGGCUGGACCUCCAGACUCAGAUGAGUCGGCUGUCCUCCUGGAGGCCAUUGGGCCAGUGCACCAGAACCGAUUCAUUCGGCAGGAGCGCCAGCAGCAGCAGCAACAGCAGCGGAAUGAAGAGUUACUUGCAGAGAGAAGGCCUGGGCCUUUGGAGGCCCGAGAUCGGAGACCGAGCCCUGGGGAGAUGCGGGAUCAGAGCCCCAAGGGAAGAGAGUCAAAAGAAGAGUGGCUCAGUCCCAGGGAGGCCAGAGAGAGGAGGCUGGGGAUAGGGGGAGCCCGAGAGUUGAGCCCCAGGCCUUUAGAGGCUUGGGACUGGAGGCAGAGCCCUGGAGAGGCUGGAGACAGGAGCUCCAGACUGUUAGAGGCCCGGAAAUGGAGGCUGAGCCCCGGAGAAACUCCAGAGUGGAGUCUGAGACUGGCAGAGCCUGGAGAACAAAGCCCCAGGAGAAAAGAGGUAGUGGAAAGUAGACUGAGCCCUGCAGAGUCUGACAACCAGAAGUCGGGGCUGACGGAGUCGCAUAAAUGGAGGCCUGACUCUGGAGAGUCUCAGGAACAGAGUUUGGUACAACUGGAGGCAUCAGAGUGGAGGCUGAGCUCAGAAGAAGAAAGAAAAGACUGUUCGGAGGAAUGCGGGAGAAAAGAAGAGAGACCAGUUCCAAGGCUGGCCUCAGAAGAGAUUACAGAGCUGUCAGAGACCCUGACAAGGGAGGCUCCAGACAGCAGCUCCAGAGAAGUGGAGGCAGGAGAGCAAAGGCCCACCCCUGUGGAGGAUGGUGAGAGGGGCCUGAGGCUGACAGAAGGAUGGAAAUGGACCCUGAACUCUGGAAAGGCUCGAGAAUGGACACCCAGGGACACAGAGGCUCAGACUCAGAAACCAGUCCCCCCCGAGUCUGCUGAGAAGUAUUUGGGGCCUCUUGGUACUGAGGCUGGAGAAGGGGAGGCUGAGAAGAAGGCGGGGGCUCAGGGCAGGCCUCUGAGAACCCCGCAGAACUACAGCUCUGUGCCCUCCCCCUUCCCACCAGAGGACGCUGGGACUGGAGGCUCUAGAAGGCAGGAAGAGGAAGCAGUGGAUCUCCGGCCCCCACCAGCAGCCCCUCUGUCUCCCCCACCCCCAGCCCCACCUGCCCCCCAGCCCCCUGGGGAUCCCCUCAUGAACCGUCUGUUCUAUGGGGUGAAGGCAGGGCCAGGGGUGGGGGCCCCUCGCCGCAGUGGACACACCUUCACAGUCAACCCCCGGCGGUCCGUACCCCCUGCAGCCCCCACCACUCCUGCCACCCCAGCCACAGCUGAUGCGGCAGUCCCUGGAGCUGGGAAGAAGCGGUACCCGACUGCUGAGGAGAUCUUGGUUCUGGGGGGCUACCUCCGCCUCAGCCGCAGCUGCCUUGUCAAGGGGUCCCCUGAAAGGCACCACAAACAGCUCAAGAUCUCCUUCAGCGAGACAGCAUUGGAGACCACGUACCAAUACCCCUCCGAGAGUUCGGUGCUGGAGGAGCUGGGCCCGGAGCCUGAGACUCCCAAUGCUUCCAGCACCCCAGAGGCACAAGCCGACGACGAGGAGGAUGAGGAGGAGCUGCUGCUGCUCCAGCGGGAGCUCCAGGGCGGGCUGCGCACCAAGGCCCUGAUCGUGGAUGAGUCCUGUCGGAGGUGAACUUCUUUCAACAUAGGGUCUAUACCCUGGUUUCCCGGAACUGAAGAUCCUGGAGCCCAGAAGACUGAGAAUAGAGAGACCCU